UUCCUCCAUAUAGUCACCUCACCCCUGAAUGUCCCUCCAUAUAGUCACCUCACCCCUGAAUGUCCCUCCAUAUAGUCACCUCACCCCUGAAUGUCCCUCCAUAUAGUCUGCUCUCCCCCUGUAUGUCCCUCCAUAUAGUCUGCUCUCCCCUGUAUGUCCCUCCAUAUAGUCUGCUCUCCCCUGUAUGUCCCUCCAUAUAGUCUGCUCUCCCCUGUAUGUCCCUCCAUAUAGUCUGCUCUCCCCUGACCCCACAUUCACUAUAUCCGCUCUCCCCGGACCCCGCAUUCACUAUAUCCGCUCUCCCCGGACCCCGCAUUCGCUAUAUCCGCUCUCCCCCGGACCCCGCAUUCGCUAUAUCCGCUCUCCCCGGACCCCGCAUUCGCUAUAUCCGCUCUCCCCGGACCCCGCAUUCGCUAUAUCCGCUCUCCCCGGACCCCGCAUUCGCUAUAUCCGCUCUCCCCGGACCCCGCAUUCGCUAUAUCCGCUCUCCCCGGACCCCGCAUUCGCUAUAUCCGCUCUCCCCCGACCCCGCAUUCGCUAUAUCCGCUCUCCCCGGACCCCGCAUUCGCUAUAUCCGCUCUCCCCGGACCCCGCAUUCGCUAUAUCCGCUCUCCCCGGACCCCGCAUUCGCUAUAUCCGCUCUCCCCGGACCCCGCAUUCGCUAUAUCCGCUCUCCCCGGACCCCGCAUUCGCUAUAUCCGCUCUCCCCCGACCCCGCAUUCGCUAUAUCCGGUCUCCCCGGACCCCGCAUUCGCUAUAUCCGGUCUCCCCGGACCCCGCAUUCACUAUAUCCGGUCUCCCCGGACCCCGCAUUCACUAUAUCCGGUCUCCCGGACCCCGCAUUCACUAUAUCCGGUCUCCCCGGACCCCGCAUUCACUAUAUCCGGUCUCCCCGGACCCCGCAUUCACUAUAUCCGGUCUCCCCGGACCCCGCAUUCACUAUAUCUGCUCUCCCCCCGGACCCCGCAUUCACUAUAUCUGCUCUCCCCGGACCCUGCAUUCACUAUAUCUGCUCUCCCACAGUACACACAACAUUGCAAUUAUUUCA